UAUUUAUUAAAUAUCUGUGUACAAGUAAAGGUCUUUAUUUCUUUUUUAUUCACGUUUGUGGCUUAAUAAUAAAUUAUUGAGUGUAAUAUUAGGUAUUACCUACUAAUAUUUUUGAAACGGUGUUAAAAAUGUCUAAGUAUAAAUUCCUAAUCAAUAUUUUAAUGAUUAUGAAAUUUAUAUAUUAUUCAGAAGCGGUCGAUUUUAAAGAUAUAUUCAAGUUUAAAGAAAGUAAUGAUGAGUUUAAAGAAAAUAUGAUUAAACGAGGUUUACCAUUUGUGGGUGAAUCACACGUUGAAUAUUUGGAAAGGCUUCAACAGAUUAACCCGUUAGUAAACACACUUCAUGUUGUUACUGAUAAAGAAUACCAAAUAUUAAUGAGUAGUAUACCUAGAAUAAAUGAAUCAAAGGAGUCCGUCAAUAACAGAAACAAGCAAACUGAACUCGAUUGUCUUAAUAAACACGAUUUACAAAUAUAUACGGAUAGAGUUUACUUCCAAUUAAAAUCACGUUAUCCACGAGUAUACGAAACUUAUGAAGAAUAUACGGAUAGGAUGAAUAGAUUUAAAAACGAACCUUUGAUCGAGGAAUUGUUUAAAGGCUUAAAAAAUCAUUGUCCAAAUCUUGGUGAAUUAUAUGAUGAAUAUAUUGAAAUUAGGAGUAAACGUUAUAAUAUUACUGGAAUUAAUAAAUCAGAUUUUGAGAAUUUUCAAUAUUCAUAUCCAAUGUUAACAGAAAAUGAAACUGAUUUUAUCAAAAGGAUUGAAAAUAUGGAAUUAGAUAGCUACGAUUUUGAAGGUUACUAUGAAGGAUUAUGGUCAUUGUUUCCAAUAUUUGCUGAAACUUAUAGUGAAUAUUCAGAUAGAAUGGAAAAAAAAUGGCUCGUUCCAAUGAAACGGGAAUCUUUCAUUAUAUAUCAAGCUUAUUAUCCUAAUUUUAAUGCAAUGUAUGAUGAUUACAACAAUAUAAUGACCAGUUUAAGUAAAAAUAGUGAUGACCGGAAUGAGUUAAAUAGAUUUCAGAGUUUAAGACUAGAGAUACACUCCAAAGAAAUCUUUGAAUUUUUAAAAUCCCAAUUUCCAAAACCAUUUGAAAGUCAAAAAGAUUUUGAUAAUAGGAUCUUAAUAAAAGUGUACAAUCGUUAUUUUGCAAAAAGAAUGUAUCCAAGAAUGUCAGAGGCAUAUAAGGAAUAUCAAGAUAGAAUUGAAAGUAUUUUUUUCCCAGACCAAACUGAGAUAAGUGCUGAAAAUUAUAAUAACUACAAAUUUCUUUGGCUAAAACCAAUAUCUGAAAUAUCCUUCGUAGAAUUUAAAAAAAUUUAUCCACAAUUCAAUCAACUACAUAAAGAAAUAAAAUAUUUGGCCACAGAAGUAUCUUUGAUAGAUCAGCGUGACUACAUGGUAUUAAUAAACAAUUUACCAGGUGUAUUUGAAACUUACCCAUAUUACAGCCAAAGAAUGUUUAUGAAUGGACUAGAUGAAGAAGAAUUCAUUGAUUUAAAAAGAAUUUACAUACAACAAUGUGAAACGUAUGCUGAUUAUAAAAUCAGAAUGCGGAAUUUACAAAUAAAACCAAUGACUAAAGAAGAUGCUUUUAAGCUUAAAAUAUCCGUUCCGAGAGAAUUCGAAAAAGAUUAUGAAACGUAUUUUGAAUUGCUGGAAAGUUCUCAGAAACAAAUUCAAAACUAUAAAGAUGAUCCCAUCUUACAUCAGAAGGAUUCUUUAUUUUUUAUUGGGUCAAAAAUUGCCAAAAAACAAGUAAUAGCAUUUAACAAAACCAGGCACACAAUUUUCAAAUUUAUUCAUCCAUGUGCAUUUGAAAAUUAUGAAAAUUACAAAAAAAGGAUAAACGUAUUUCGAGAAGUUUUGAUUUCAGAUUAUGAUUUUAGAGAUUCAGAAAACAUUGAAUCUGAUGAACUUGAAAAUUUCAGAUCAUUUAUACAACCAUUAACAAAGGAAGAAUUUAUGGAUUUAAAAUUGAGAUUUCCAAAACUAAGUGAAACACAUGAAGAUUACCUAAAAAGAUUCACGACAUAUGGAUUUGAUAAGGAAAUUGAAACAACAAAUAAGAAUGAAAAUCUAUUCCGGAGAUAUAACAUACAAUUAACAAUUUUAAACAAUCCAUACAUUCAGCUGUUCAAUAUUUUUAAACAUGCUCAAAUCCAACCUCAAGAUAACCCAGAUAGUUACAGUGAUAGAUACAAAAGGAUAGCGCUCAACAAGAGUGUACUUUUAGAAAAAAUGCAUAUUCCAUUGCGUCAAGAUUAUUGCGUUUUUGAAUCAUUUUUAGAGUCGUUAGAGAAAAACGACUAUGAAGAUAUAAUGAACUUAUUUCCAAAGUAUUAUGACACAUUCCAGGAAUACAACGACUUAAUGAAAGACCGUGGGCUACAACUAGUUUCAUCAGAUUAUUUCAAGAUGUUAAAGAGUGCCUAUCCACACUUGCUUGACAAUAAUUUCGAUGAUUACAUAACAAGAAUAAAAAACGGAACCUAUUUCCCCAAAAAUAUAUUGAUUAUGACCCAAGAUCAGUUUGAUCAGUUUAAGUUCCGUAUUCCUAAAAGAUUUGAAACCAUUUCGGAUUAUAAAACAAGAAUAGCAGAUGCCUCGACGGAUUUGUAUACACCUGAUGAUAUUGAACGUUUAAAAUGCAUUUAUCCAAAAGUUUGUAGUACAUUUUCAGAAUUUUCGAAAAUUAUGAACGAUUUGGGAAUGCCAAUGAUUACACAAACAUUUAAUUUUUAUAAUGAUCAAUUUCCCAAACGUGGUGAAAAUGACUAUAAAAAAUUCUGCUCCAGAUUGAAGUUCGCAAAAUCAAUCGCAAUGUCAGAAAAGGAGUUCAAUUUAUUAAUUUCAAGAUUUCCAAAAGCACCUGAAAUAUAUCACAGUUAUAAACAGAGGUUGCAAUUAUUAUUUAUAAAUCCUUUAGAUUUAAAUGAUUUCUAUGAUUUAAAAAACCUGUUUUCAAUACCCUAUGAAACUUACGACGAACAUUAUAAACGCUUGACCAGUUAUUCCAGAGAACCAUUAUCACUGGAUCAAUUUAAAAAAGAAAAAUCACUUCGAGUUCUUGUAGGUGAAACUUUUACGGAUCAUUUAACAAGAAUAAUAGAUAUAUAUUACCCACCAGAGGAAAAUUCGUAUACAGAAUCAAAUAUUAUUACACUAUCCAAUAAUGAAGGUAUAGAAACACUGAAAAAGGACAAAUUCAUAGAUCACGUACUAACGUAUCCAUUCAACUAUGAUAGUUUUGAAAAUUUUUCCUGGAGACAAUAUACAAGAAAUUCUGAUACUAAUCGUGAUCCAAAUGUUACUACUCGAAUUUGGUAUGAUCGAAUGAAGAAACUCUUGCCUGGAUUCCACGAAAGUAUUGAUAUCUACAGAAAUAGAACAAAAGAAUUAGAAUUUCCAGAGAUCACAGUAAAACAAUUCAAUCGACAUAUACUUGAGAUGCCACAUCCAGCAGAAACAUUUUUAGUUUAUACUUCAAGAACUAAAGAUAUGGCCUCUUCUUAUAAUUCUGUUUUCUUCAAUAUUCCGAAAUCAGCUGUUAGGACACAGAUUCCUCAAUCGGUAUUAGAUAUGGGGAUGUCGAUUUCUACACCCCAGCAAAAUCCAUCGAAAAGUGAAAUGUUACAAAGAACACAGUUGACACCAAUCGAUUUAAGUGAAAUCAGAAUAGAGUCGUACAAUACAUUAAUAUCACUUUCUCCAAAUUUUUAUAUUAAUUACACGGAAUAUGUUAAAAAUGUAAAGGAGUAUGGAGAUCCAAUGAGUCGAGAUGAAUUAAUUGCAUUUAAGGAAUGUUUACCGAAACUACAAGACUCUUUUUUGAAAUUUAAUGAAAACAUUAAAUCAAUGGGUUUGGCAACAAUUAAUAAAGGCGAUUUCAAGAAAUUGAAAAUAUUUUAUCCACGGAUACAUCACAUUUCGUACGACGAUUACAUCUUAGACAUAGAACUAAAAUAUGCGGAUAAGAAUAAUGACCGUGAACAAAUUAUAGAUGUACUGAAGCUAUCUAAUGAUGAAUUUGUAGAGUACAAACGCAAGUUACCAAAACAAUUUGACUGGUGUUAUGAAACUUAUCAAAAUAGAAUGAAAACAGAAGAUAUCAGUGGAAUGCUUACACAGGAUGAUUUUUAUGGAGCUAGACUAGCCAACUUCCCACUAGCAGACGAGGACUAUACACAACAUAAGGCAAAAAUGGAUUCUUUAUACAUAGACCCCAUUCCAUACGAUGUAUUUAAUUUUUUAAAACGAAUUUAUCCUGAUCUGCUUGAAAAUAGAUAUGCAUAUAGGAUUAGAAACAUGGUGUACAAGGUACUCAAACCCCCCGAUUAUACAAAAAACAAAUACAAAUCAAACAUGGACAAUAAUAUAAUUUCAGAAAUUAUUGAAAGUUCUAAACCUUAUGAAAAACUAGAAGAAAAAAUUGAGAAUUUAUUAAUACAGAUGAUGACUGAUGAAGAACUUGACUGGCUUAAACGUGUAUUUCCGGUAAUUUUUCAUUCAUAUAAAAUUGAUAAAACUUAUCAGACUAUGUCUAGAACAUCACAAGGAACACAAAAUAUAAACAAAGACUAUAUGGAUGAAAUGAUAUAUAAAUCAUUUAAAAAAGCUUAUUUUGUAUCAAUAAAUGAAACCUACGAGAAAUACGAGACAAGAAUGAAAUCUCUAAAACUAAUCGCUUUUCCCCGUAACAUAUUUCGAUACUGCAAAGCAAUAUAUCCACAUCUAUUUCAUAAUUACCAAUCUUAUUUGGAUAAUGUUAAUUUAUAUGAAAAAAUUGAAUUAAGAAAUGUUGAAAACUAUAUAUCAGCUAGCUUAAACAAAUGGGGCUUGUAUACUUUAUCUAAAUAUGCAUUUAAAACUUUUCAAGCCCAUUUUCCAAGAGUGUUUGAUACCAGCAUUAAAACAGAAAAACUCGAAAAAACCAUAUCAAUUUUCAACCACGACGAAUUCGAUUCAAUUAAAUUAUCUUACUUUCCAAGACUAGCUGAAAAUCAUAGCACCUAUAAAGAGAGAAUGAUCAAGUUAGGUUUAGGGGUUAUGAAUACUGAUCUUUUUUUUAGUUUUAAAGCAAUUUAUCCAAAUCCAAUAACAGCUAUAAGUUAUUCAAAUUACGAACAGUCAUUCAAAAACAUUGCAAGUGUCAUUAAGCCUGUAGACGAACAAUUUGUUGACAUACGACACAUUAUGACUGAAGAAGAGUUUAAAAAUAGUAUACCACAUGAUUUUCCGAAACUAUUUGAAAGUUGGGAAACUUUUUGUCAAACAAGACUAAAUUUAUAUAGCCAAACAAGCAGAUUAAUCAACGACAGUGGAGUUUUCUCUGAGAACUUAUUCAACGAUAUGAAAACUGUUUUUUAUCCAAUAUUAGGACAAAAGUCGGUAUCAUAUUUACUGUUUGUUGAUAGUUUAAGUAUUUUGGACAAUCCAAGUUGGAAUCAUCACUUUAAAAAUGCAAUAUUGUUGUAUCCAAAGUUUUUUGAAAAUAUUGACAACUAUAACGAACGCCUUCAACAAAAUCCAUUAGAGUAUCUAAAAUUAGAUAAAAACCAAUUCCAUAUAUUUUUUCAAAUAUUUCCAUUCCCAUAUGAAUCGUAUCCACAGUAUAAGAUAAGAAAAGCAAAUUCAACAUUAAUUUUAAGUGAAGAAGAAUUUUCAUUUUAUCAACAAGUUUUUCCACAAAUAUCUGAACCAUACUUUAAGUACUCAUCUCGAUUGAAUGUUGAAAUUUAUUAUAAUCCCGUUAUGUCAUUACAAUUGUUUAAACUUUACAAGGAAUUGUUACCUCAAAUAGAUGAAAAUUACGAUAAAUAUAAAAACCGCUUUGUUACGGAAUUGCAAACAAUUAGUGAUAGCGAAACAAAGAACCAGCUAUCAUUCUUCGUCCAAAAUAUGCACUUUAGUGCUAUGAAUUACGAAACGUCUAAAGCCUUGAAUACCAGAACAUCUGGACCAGCUAUGACCUACGAUGAAUUUAAAUUGUUCAAAGACAGUUUGCCAAUGCCAGAAGAAUUGCGCGAAGAUUAUAUAUUCAGAAUAAAUAAACUUGCGGAUAUGGCAAAAGAAAAUGACAAGGUUCCACCUGAAAUAUUACCCUUUGAGCUUUUUGAAAAUUUAAAAAAGAUUUAUCCAAAUCAAUCAGAAACUGAUUAUAAAAUUUACCUUAAAAAUAUGGAAAAUAUUAAUGUUACACCGGUAUCGGAAAAUACAUUUAAAUCAUUGGUCGAAGUUGCAAAAUCUAUGAUUCUAAAUCGUUAUACAGUUUAUGAAAAAGAAUUCACCAACUUAGUAGAUACUAGAAUUUCAGAAUAGUGCAGAUACAUCGCGGUAAUUUUGACAAGUCAUUUGCAUACGACGAUAAAUAACCUAAAAAAAAAUAUUAAAAAUCAUUAAAAUAUUUAUAAUAUAUAUAUUACAAUAUAAAAAGUUUAAAAUAUAAUUAUAUUAUUUUACAGUAAUAAUUAUUAUUCUUUUUAAAUAAUAAAAAUUUAAUGUACAUUUGUGACUGAAAAUUAACAGUUAUCCCCCGUAAAUAGUUUUAAAUAUUAGUAUGUAUAAGUAUUACGGUCAAAAUAUAUUGAGGUUG